AUGCUCGGGCCCCAGCUGCUCUUGCUGCUGUCCUGCGGAGGACCCCUGCUCGGCGCCGGUCUGGAAGCCACCUCCUUCCCCAGCCAGGACCCCGGGAACCGAAGGACCCUCUACAGACAGGUGAGGGCCCGGCACCCACUGGCUUCCCGGACUGCCCGGGCCCGGAGCCCCGACAAGGGCUGGUGCUCCACGUGGGGAGCCGGCCACUUCUCCACCUUCGACCACCGCGCAUACGACUUCUCGGGGAUGUGCAACUAUGUCCUCGCUGCCACCUGCCGGGACGCCUCGCCCUCCUUCAGCGUCCAGCUGCGGCGGGGGCAGGACGGGAGCAUCGCCCGCAUCAUCGUGGAGCUGGGGUCCUCUGUCGUCACAGUCAGCGAGGGGACCGUCUCCGUCAAGGACGUCGGCGUGGUCAGCCUGCCCUACACCCGCAACGGACUCCAGAUCACACCGUACGGCCACAGUGUACAACUGGUGGCCAAGCAGCUGGAGCUGGAGCUGGUGGUCACAUGGGGCCCAGAACACCACCUCAUGGUCCUGGUGGAGAGGAAGUACAUGGGCCGGAUGUGUGGGCUGUGUGGGAACUUCGACGGGAAAGCAGACAACGAGUUUCUGAGCGAGGACGGCAAGCUCCUGGAGCCCCACAAGUAUGCCACACUCCAGAAGCUGGAUGACCCCAACGAGAUCUGUUCCCACGAGGCCAUCCCGAGGGUCCCCAUCCUGCAGACCACACACGCCAGGACCUGUGCCCAGCUGCUAGACCUGGUGUCCCCUGAGUGCAACGUGCCCAAGGAGCCACUCAUGCUGAGCUGCCAGGCGGACAUGGCCGCGUGCGCCCGGCCAGGCCAGCGGAACUGCAGCUGUGCCACGCUGUCUGAGUACGCGCGCCGGUGCCGCAUGGAGGGUCAGCCCGUCCGCCGCUGGCGGAGCCCCGGCUUCUGCUCUGGGGGCCAGUGCCCAGCCAACCAGAUAUACCAAGAGUGUGGCACACCCUGCCUACGGACCUGCUCCAACCCACAGCACAGCUGCUCCAGCACCUGCACCUCCGGCUGCUUCUGCCCCGACGGCAUGGUGCUGAAUGACCUCACCACAAACCGCACCUGCGUGCCCGUGAGCCAGUGCCCCUGCACGCUCGGUGGGGCACCGUACAGACCGGGACAGAUCACCAGAGCGGCCUGCCAAACCUGCCAGUGCUCCGCGGGGGCGUGGACGUGCACCGAGAGGCCCUGCCCUGGCCACUGCGCCCUGGAGGGCGGCUCCUUCGUCACCACAUUUGACGCCAGGCCCUACCGCUUCCACGGGACCUGCACCUACAUCCUUCUUCGGCCCCAGCUUCCCGAUGAGGGCACCGUCCUGGCUGUGUACGAGAAGUCGGGCUAUUCACACUCCGAGACCUCCCUGGCAGCCAUCGUCUACCUGUCCAGGCAGGACAAAAUCGUGAUCUCUGAGGAUGAAAUCAUCACAAACCACGGCGACACCAAGUGGCUGCCAUACAAGACUCACAACAUCACCAUCUUCAGGCAGAUCACCCACCUCCAGAUGGCCACCACCUUCGGGCUGGAGCUUGAUCAGCUGCGGCCGGUCUUCCAGGUGUACAUCACUGUCAGCCCUCAAUUCAGAGGCCAGACCCAAGGUCUCUGCGGCAACUUCAACGGGGACACCACCGACGAGCUGACGACCAGUGCGGGCCUGGAUGAGGGCACGGCCUCGCUCUUCGUGGACUCCUGGCGAGCGGGGAACUGCCCGACGGCCCUGGAGCGCGAGACGGACCCCUGUUCCAUGAGCCAGCUCAACAAGGUGUGCGCAGAGACCCACUGCUCUGUGCUGCAGAGGAAGGGGAGCGUGUUCGAGAAAUGCCACGCGGUGGUGAACCCACCCUUCUACAAGAGGUGCGUGUACCAGGCCUGCAACUACGAGGACUUCCCCCACAUCUGUGCCGCCCUGGGCGCCUACGCCCAGGCCUGUUCCUCCCGCGGCGUCCCGCUGUGGGGCUGGAGAGACAGCGUGAACAACUGCACUGUCCCUUGCUCUGGGAACCGCACCUUCAGCUACAACAGCACCGCCUGUGGCCGCACCUUGUCGCUGUCUGACCCCACGGCCGAAUGCCACGCCAGCUCCGUGUCCGUGGAUGGCUGCAACUGCCCCGAGGGCACCUACCUGAACCACAAGGCCGAGUGCGUGGGCAGGGCCCAGUGCCCCUGCCUGUUGGACGGCUCCACGCUCGUCCUGGCCGGCCAGUCGGCCGUCGUCCAAGGGGCCCUCUGCCGCUGCGUCAACGGACGGCUGAGCUGUCCGCGGCAGCAGGAGGUGUUCUUGGCGUCCUGCGUGGCCCCCAAGACAUUCCAGUCCUGCAGCCAGUCCUCGGAGGACAAGUUUGGGGCAGCAUGCGCCCCCACGUGUCAGAUGCUGGCCACGGGCAGUGCCUGUGUGCCAACCAAGUGUGAGCCCGCUGCGCUGUGCCCAGGGCUCUAUGAGAACCCCCAGGGGCAGUGUUGUGACCCCGGAGGAGUGCCAUGUGAAUUCGCAGGGGCCUCCUACCCCGGGGGUGCCGAGCUCCACACCGACUGCAAGACCUGCACCUGCUCACGGGGGAAGUGGGCCUGUCAGCAAAAUGCCCACUGCUCGGCCACCUGCACCCUCUACGGCGAGGGCCACAUAAUCACCUUCGAUGGGCAGCGCUUCGUGUUUGAUGGCAACUGCGAGUACAUCCUGACCACAGACGGCUGCGGUGCCAACAGCUCACGGCCCACCCUCAAGAUCCUGACAGAAAACGUCAUCUGCGGAAACUCGGGCGUCACCUGCUCUCGCGCCAUCAAGAUCUCCCUGGGCGUGAGCACGGGGGACCCCGAGGGCUUGUCCAUCACGAUGGCGGACAGGAAUUACACGGUCAGUGGACGGGAACCCUCUGCGCACCUCCAAGUGAAGCCCAGCAACCUGAACCUCAUUCUGGACCUGGGGAUCCCCGGGAGGUUCAACCUGACACUCAUAUGGAACAAGCACAUGAGCGUCUCCAUCAAGAUGCAUCGCGUCUCCCAGGACCCACUCUGUGGCUUGUGUGGCAACUACAAUGGGAAUAUGAAGGACGACUUUGAGACACGCACCCAGUACGUGGCAUCUAGUGAGCUGGAGUUCGUGAACUCAUGGAAGGAGAGCCCUCUGUGCGGAGACGCAAGCUAUGUGGUGGACCCUUGCAGCGUCAACACCUUCCGCCGCUCCUGGGCCGAGCGCAAGUGCAGCAUCAUCAACAGCCAGAGCUUUGCUGCCUGCCACAGCAAGGUGUACCAUCUGCCCUACUACGAGGCCUGCGUGCGGGACACGUGCGGGUGCGACAUGGGUGGCGACUGCGAGUGUCUGUGCGAUGCGGCCGCCUACGCCAAGGCCUGCCUAGACAAGGGCGUGUGCGUGGACUGGAGGACUCCAAGCUUCUGCCCCAUCUACUGUGACUUCUACAAUACACACAAGCAUGUCGGCAACAACGAGUACCAGUACACACCGACGGCCAACUGCACGUGGCACUACCCCUGCCUAUGCCCCGGCCGCCUGGAGAGCUUCCCGGACACCAACAUCGAAGGCUGCUACAACUGCUCCCAGGACGAGUACUUCGACCACCAGGAAGUCUGUGUGCCUUGCGCACUGCCCACCACACCACCGACCACCACAGACUCAUCGCCAACCACCACGGCAGUAUCUGCACCGGCAACAUCACCUGUGAUCCCGACGGAGACAUCAAGGUCAACAGCCACGGGACUCACCGUGACCUGGGCCACCACGGAGCCCACGGCAUCCUCCCCGAGCCCGGCCACCAAGUCCACAGCUCAGUUCACAGCACGCACCACGGAGGCAACACCGACCUCAGCAAUGCCUGGCAUGUCUCCUAGCCGAGCCAUCUCUGUCUACUGCGACUACUGCCAGUACACCCAACCACUCCAGUACCAGAAGUGCAACCCCAGAGACACUCAGCACCUCAGCCACACAGAGCAUGGCCCACACCUCCUUCACCACACACUCCCCACCCACCGCCUCCGUGUCCACCACUGCACACACCACAAGUCCUCCAACAGGAACUCCUCUGCAGACCACCAGCACCAACCCCACCCCAGCCAGUCCCCAGCCAUCGCUUCCCUCUCUCUUUCCAACAUCAUCCCCCUCUUCCUCGUCCUCCUCCUCCUCUUCCUCCUCCUCGUCUUGGAUACCUACCUCUCACACAACCACCCCACCAAGCAGCCCUCACCUAGUCUCUACCACUUCCACCCCAGGGUCCACUGGCACCAUACUGCCAACCACCACCAUCGACAACACAGCCCCACCACAGACUUCCAGCACCACAGCCACACCAGCCCACAGCUCACCCAGCACAGACACAACCUCUCCUGCCCUCAGCUCCCUCCCUCCCUCCACACCACACCAUCCACCUCUGUCCACUGGGACCACUGUCACCACACCCAACCAUUCCAGUACCAGGAGUGCAACCCCAGAGACACUCAGCACCUCAGCCACACAGAGCUCGGCCCACACCUCCUUCACCACACACUCCACAUCCACCUUUGCUGUCUCCACCACUCCACGUACCACAAGUACACCCACAACCACUUCCAUCAAGACCACCAGAUCCUUCCCAAGCCCAUCCACCUCUUCUGUGACAUCAACUUCUCAUACCGCCAUCUCAACAAGCAGCCCACAUGGGCCAUCUCUGUCUACUGCGACUACUGCCAGUACACCCAACCACUCCAGUACCAGAAGUGCAACCCCAGAGACACUCAGCACCUCAGCCACACAGAGCACGGCCCACACCUCCUUCACCACACACUCCCCACCCACCGCCUCCGUGUCCACCACUGCACACGCCACAGGUCCCCCCACAGGAACUCCCUCGCAGACCUCAAGCACCCUCCCCACCCCAGCCAGUCCCCAGUCCUCUCUGAUACCAACAUCCCCCGCCUCCUCCCCCUCCUGGACUGCAUCUUCUCAUUCCGCCGCCACCCCCAGCGUUUCUCACACGGUCUCUGCCGUCUCCACAUCCGGGCCCACUGGCACCGUCCUUCCCAGCAGCACACGGUCGGGCACAGGGCCCACACGCUCGGCUCCCCCUCCGACGUCCAGAACCUCAGCCACCUCCCUGGCGCACAGCCUGUUCAGCACAGACAGCACUUCUACACCCACACCGAGCCCCCUUUCCUCGGCUGGCAGCUCCGGUCUCAGCCCCUCUUCAUCUCCCCCGACAACUCUGCACCCAUAUCCAAGCCCGUUAACCACCUCUCUUUCUCCUGGGAGUUUCCCACAUUCUUCUACAUCUGGGCCCAGACCACCAUCCUUUUCUCUUCCGGCGCUCACUGCUACCUUCCUUCCUCCCUCCAUCUCCUCUCCUGCCUCUUCCGUAUCAUCUACUUCACAGUACACCCCAACAACCCCCACAGUGUCUCGUUCCUCAGUUUUUCCAGGGCCCUCCACUUUACCACCUCUUCCAUCCGCCUCUACCGUUUUGUCUCCUACAGCUGCCUCCACUGCGGUUAA